CUUUUUCUUCAUUGUUGGCAUCCGUUCUAGUGCCACUCCUCUUAUAACACGUGUAAUUAGGACAAGUUACCGCGAUUGGAUUCUUUAUUUCGCUGCCGGUUAGCAAUUUAGCUCUCUGAAGUCGGUUAACUCUCAUCCGUUAAAGAGUAUAUUUUAUUCGGGUCGCAUUUAUAACCUUACCAGUAUGGCGCUAUAAUCUUCUCACUGCUUUAAUUUUCAAAAACCACCAAAGUGUAUUUCUUUCACUUAGUUUCGUGGAUUUUAAAAUCCAUCAUGCCUUCCACCAAUGGGUAUAGCUUGCCUGUAGAAAGCAUUCUGAUGAGUAAGUCACCGAUGGUAGAGGAAAUGGACGGAGUGCCUGUGAAGGAGAAGAAAAAAGAAGCAAAACCAUUGAAUGUCUGUAUUUUUGAGGAUGUCAGUUACAGAGAGAAAAUAUUUGAGAACUUGAAUAAACUUCGAAAAAAUAGGCAGUUCUGUGACGUCAUACUACAGGUUGGUGCAUCUCAAGAUGUAAAGGAAGUGCAUGCCCACAGAGCUGUGUUAGCUUGUGCAAGCCCAUAUUUGUUUGAUCUGUUCACUGCUGGGUCUGGGAAUCAGUACAAGCUAAAUGGAAGCAUAGAUUUUGAUGCUUUUGAGAUUUUAGUUGAUUAUGCCUACCUGGGAAAGCUUGAAGUCCCCCCGAAGCUAGUUAAGGCAACUUAUGUUGCUGCUACUAAGCUUCGCAUGUUCUCUGCUGCAAAACAAUGUGGAAACUAUCUCCUUGAAAAUAUGACUCCUGAUAACUGCAUUAGUUUAAGGUCACUUCCUGGCAUUGCUUCAAACCCAGAACUUCUUCUGAAAGUGGAUAACUAUGUUCGUCAAAAUAUUGUUCAAGUUGCAAAAUCCAAAGAGCUGCUUGCUUUGCCUACUAUUCCUGUUGAGUUGUUGCAAAACAGCCAUGAGGAAAAGAACGCCACAAACAUGAAGCAUCUGUGUGACAUGGUUUUGGACUGGGUUAAGACUAUAACAGAAGACCAAGGUGUUAAACUAGAGGAACUGACUCAAAAGGUCCAUAUGUUAUAUUUAAAUCCAGAUCGCACUUUACAUGACUGCAGUGAUAUUGAAAAUGGGGAUCUGCAAGAUUCUGAAGUUAUUCAAGAUUAUAAAAAACUUUCAAGAAAAGUAUCUGUUCCAGGGAGUGGAAAAACAGGACGCAAAAAAUCUUCUCAGACACCAGCUAAACCUCGCCAGUUCUUAUACACAAAAUCGGAUUCCAAUUCUUCUCUAUCAUCACUUUCAGAUGAUGAGGAUAAAGACUGGAGGGUCAUCGUAAUUACUGGAAAUGGAGAAAACAGCAUGUUAGGUCUAGUUUCUGUUUACGGGAAGUUGACUGUUUUAUCAAUUGUUCAAAGAGUUCACUCUCCGAAUCAUAGUCCUUUAUCUUCAAGAAAUGCAUCUGUUGAGAAAAUCAGUAGUUAUUCGAUCGUUCCUCCUAUGAGUUCUGCGCGGUGUGCAGUUGGAACAGCUGAACUGGAGGGAAAAUUGCUGGUUUGUGGUGGAUAUGACAGAGGAGAAUGCUUGAAAACAGUUGAAGCUUAUGACAUGUCUACCAACAAGUGGACCACAAUGCAGCCAAUGAAAGUCCCACGAGGAAGAUUCAAUGCUGCUGUUGUGAAUAACAAAGUCUAUGCUGUUGGUGGCUGUGAUGGACAGAAAGAUUUAAGCUCUGCAGAAUACUGGGAUCCUGAGACCAGUUCUUGGAAGCAACUUCCCAAUCUCCCUGUUGUGAGAUCUCAUGCUGGUGUUUGUAGCAUUGACAAGAAAUUGUAUGUUAUUGGUGGGUGGAAUGGACAACGAGGAUUAACUCGAUGUGAUGUAUUCGAUACAGAAACUAGCUCCUGGAUCAAUAUGGCACCAUUAUCAACAGGUAGAUACCAAGCUGGUGUUGGAGCAGCUAAAGGGUAUGUCUAUGCAGUUGGUGGUUGCGAUUCUUGGAAUUGCUUGAAUACUGUUGAAAGGUACGAUCCAGCGACUGACAGUUGGUGUAUUGUUGCACCACUUCACACAGCUAGGAGAGGAUGUGGUGUUGCUGUUUUUAAAGACAAAAUCUACGCUGUUGGCGGUCAUGAUGGAAUCCACUCGUUAUGUACAGUUGAAAUUUAUGAUCCCGAAACAAACACAUGGAGCCCCGGUCCUUCUCUCACUUGCUGUCGGGCCAACGUGGGUGUCAGUGUUGUUGGUAAUAGACUCUUUGCUGUUGGAGGUUUUAAUGGAAAGACUUUUCUCAACACUGUCGAGUUCUUCGACCAAGAAAAUAACGAAUGGACUUCAUUUGUCGCGAAAGAGCACGGUACUUGCGAUUCGAUCCCAACGAAAAAUGGCGUUUUAAAUUGUGAUUCUGACAAAAGUGUGAAUGGAGAUUUGAGUGAAGAACAGGAAGUACACUGAUUGGAGAUUCGCCAUCUCGACGUGCACUUACUGAAUAACGUUCCAUGCUGUUACAAUCUCUUACCAGUGGAGAGAAUUUUGUUACUGUCAUUUGCAUGUUGCUUUUUGAAUCUAUCUGUUAUAAAUUUUUUGUUUGAAAGUGAUGUAUGAUUCUAUACAUGAUAUUCCGUUUUCGUGGUCCUAAUCGUAGGCCUUGUUACACGUUGAAACAUAUUAUACAAGUCAUUCCAAAAGUAGCAGUUAGAUGCUGCAGAUUACUAAAUUUUCUUUCUUUUUUUUAGUGUACAGAGAAAAAUAUUUUAGGAAAUGUAUUUCAUUUUUAGCAUAUUUAUUCAUAAAGUUAAAAUAGAAAAAAAAAUGCUCUUUAUUGGACAUAAUUUUAAAACCUUGCAGCUGUUUCUGAAAAUUGGCUAAUAGUUCAAAAUUUCAAUGCUCAGGAAGUUAUUUGUAUAACUUUUUAAUGUUUUAUCAAGAACCUUUUGCACUUUUGACACAUUGGAAAGAACAUUGUUGCGGCAGUGCUUUUAUAUAUUCUUUGAUACAGUCAAUGUUUGCUUGACUUAAUUUUUAUAAUCUGAUUUAUUAUUUUAUAAAAUUCUUGAAAUACAAUGGUCAUCAAUCAGAUUUUUUCAUCUGCUUGUAAAAAUGAAUUUAGUUUCGAAAAAUAAAAUGACUUUUUAAUUUAA